AUGGUCAAGGCCGUUCGGGAGUGCGAGCCGGCCAUCAAGUCGAUCCUCGUGCACAUCGACAGCACUCAUCACCACGAAUUCAUCAUUGAAGAUUUGGACGACACGCAUCUUUUUGUCAAAGAGGCAAUGUUGCAGGUAUUGAAAUCUAAGCUCGAGGAGGUGAGUCUCGUGUUUCUGCGACUGCUGCCGAUCGAGGCUGAUUGCUGUGGGCAGCGUCUCCGGGAGACGUAUCGGCCAGACGAGCCGUUGGAGGACAGCGAAUAG